AUGAAUCAUGAAAAUGACGAUUUAAGAAAAUUCAAAGGUAGACCUCUAUUCGAAAACGUGCACCGAGUGAAACAGGGGAGUUUGUUCUGCCACGAAUCCCUGGACAUUGACAUGAAGGGGUUCCUAAACCUGGUGGUCAUAUUAAUAUGCACAGUGAAUUUCAGGCUCAUCCUGGAGCGUAUAAAGAAGCAGGGAUUCGUCGUAUAUUUGCCCCACAGUAGUGACGUCUUAAAAAAUUUGCCUCUGCUAGUUUGUUUUGUGUGUCUAAGCUUAGGCCUCUUUUUUAGUUGGUUCAUCGAAAGGUACGUGACAUGUUGGCUGCUGUGUCAACCGAGUACUACUGAUGAGAGGGUCGGAGGGAGGAAGGGCUCUUCUUGGCCCUUCCCGCGUGAGGAUAAAAACAGCAAGAUAAAGGAGUUAACGAAUUGUCAAUUUAUAGAUCAGAUAGGUUGCUCUCGUGCGAGUGACGAGGCGACAAACGAUGGGAGUGUGCAUAGCGGCGGGAAAAGCCCCUCGUCGGUGAGACGUAGAGGUGGAAAGAAGCGGCAGCAGGGGGAAGAAGCUGGAGAGGAAGAUGCAGAAGAAGAUGCGGAAGAAGAUGCGGCAGGUGGAGAUACAGGAACAUACUCAUUUGAUCCGUUUGUUAAUGUGCCCAGUUGGGGUGAAAAGUCCACCGGAUGGAAGAACUUCCAUCUGUCGAUUUUUUUACUAAGGUGCAUAAACAGUCUCUUCAUGCUGCUGUUUCCCUACUUAACGGUGACUCACUACGACGCAGAACCCAUUUUGUCGUCGAUCCUGCUGACCAUAUCGAUCGUCUGGUUUUUUAAAAUCUAUUCAUUUCACCAAGUGUGUUACGACACGAGGAAAUUAUACAUCGAUAAGGUGAACCUUGAUAGGAUAAAGGAUCCCUCAUUUGAAGUAACAUACGUGAAGAAUUACCCUUACUGUCUCAGAUUAAAGGAUUAUUUCACCUAUAUGCUCAUGCCAACGUUAUGUUUCCAGUAUACUUAUCCAAGGACAGAGAAAACGAGGUGGUCUCACGUGGCCAAGUAUCUCAUUGAAGCGAUUCUACUAACAAUAAUGAUAAAAAUUAUUCUAGAUCAGUAUAUAUUUAUAACGAUGGAAAAUACAUUUACGAUGAAGGAAUUCAAGUCAGCACAGCUGACUGUUAAGAUCACUCACAUAAUAGAACGGAUGCUAAAAAUCUCCAUAGGGACCCUAUACAUUUGGCUGAUUGGCUUUUUAAUUGUAUUUCAUCACUGGUGUAAUAUUUUGGCCGAAAUAACCCGAUUUGAUGAUAGGCUCUUUUACAAAGACUGGUGGAAUGCUAGCUCUUUUGCAGAUUAUUGGAGGAAGUGGAACCUUCCUAUCCAUUAUUUUAUCCACAGACAUAUUAACAAGCCUCUCAUUUAUUACGGAUUUAACAGAAACUUCUCCAUGAUUGUCGUUUUUUUUAUUUCUGCUUUGCUACACGAGUAUUUAAUUAGCAUUCCUUUGAAGUUAGGUUUCUCAGGAUAUAUAUUUUUUUUUUUUAUUGGACAAAUUCCUCUGAUACACUUGACGAGCAAUAAUUAUUUUAAAAAGCACAAGACUACCGGGAAUGCAUUUUUUUGGAUUGUCUUUUGCAUCACUGGCCAGCCCCUCAUUGUGUUCAUUUAUUACUACUCCUGGGUGAGUCGCAAGGGCAUUCUGUAUCGAUGA